GGCGCGGAGCCUCCCCUUUGAGGGCACGCGUGACAAGGCUGCACACACAGGUGCUGGUCCUAGUUGGAGCCCCAAAGGCAAGCAUUGGAUUUCCGGUUCCGGGAGUAACCAACCGCCGCAGAGGCGACAACUACUGUUUUGGAAGAGGCUGCGGUGGAGGAGGAAGAAGAGGAAGAGUGGAACGGGCGGGUCGCGGAAGCGGGAUCCUUCCCAUGGGUCCACGGGCCUAGAGCGGAGGAAGCUGCGGGCCUGGUGUCAAGCUGGCUUCUGUUCUGUCCCUGAAGCAUCUAUGGCUGAGGCCUGGCAGGACUGCCCAGCCCUGGGCCCUGGCUGGAAACGCCGAGAGGCCUUUCGAAAGUCAGGGGCCUCUUGUGGACGCUCAGACAUCUAUUACCAGAGCCCCACAGGAGAAAAGAUCCGAAGCAAGGUUGAGCUGACUCGAUACUUGGGCCCUGCAUGUGAUCUUACUCUGUUUGACUUCAGACAAGGCAUCUUAUGCCAUCCCAUUCCCAAGACCCAUCCUUUGGCUGUCCCCAACAAGAAGAAAAAGAAGUCUUCUAAAUCAGCCAAGACCAAGAAACAGCAGGUUGGACCACAGAGAAGAGAGCCCAGGAGAGAGACUCCAUGGGAGGAAAUUAAGACUGUUACUUCUACAGCUCUAGCUUCUUUACCUGUGUCUGCACCGGCACCCGCACCGGCACCCGCACCCGCACCGGCACCGGCACCGGCACCCGCACCCGCACCCGCACCCGCGUGCUGUGAGAAUUGUGGAAUCCACUUGUCAUGGGAUGGUAUCAAAAGGCAGAGACUCAGGACAUUGUGCAAAGACUGCCGAGCACAGAGAAUUGCCUUCAACCGAGAGCAGAGAAUGUUUAAGCGAGUUGGCUGUGGGGAGUGCACUGCUUGCCUUGUGAAAGAAGACUGCGGCCAAUGCGCCACCUGCUGCCUGCAGCUGCCCAAUGAAGUUGCCUCAGGGCUUUUCUGCAAAUGUGAGCAGAGACGCUGCCUACGGAUUGUGGGGAAGAGACGAGCGUGUGGCGUGUGUCGGGGUUGUCAGACCCAAGAGGAUUGUGGCCAUUGCCGCAUCUGUCUUCGCUCUCCCCGCCCUGGUCUCAAGCGCCAGUGGAGGUGUUUGCAACGGCGCUGUUUUUGGGGUAAACGUGAUUAUAGUAAGAGAGGCUCGAAGGUAGCUUCUCAACAUGACUCCCAAACCCCGCCACUUCCUCCACAUCCUGCAUCACAUCACCCAGAGCCUACAGAGCUGCACAUCAGCGACGUAGCACCCACGUCACCUGCUGAGUUCAUCUAUUACUGUGUAGACGAGGACGAGCUACAGCCCUACACGAACCAGCGGCAGAACCGCAAGUGUGGGGCCUGUGCAGCCUGCCUACGGCGGAUGGACUGUGGCCACUGCGACUUCUGCUGCGACAAGCCCAAAUUCGGGGGCAGCAACCAGAAGCGCCAGAAGUGUCGUUGGCGCCAGUGCCUGCAGUUUGCCACGAAGCGGCUGCUGCCCAGUCCUGGGUCAGGGUCUGAGGAGGGAGCAGGAUUGCCUCCACAUUAUACUCAUCGAAAGAGGCCUGCCUCUGCUCAACAGCUCAAACUGAGCUCUCCCAUAAAGGCCCCUUUGGCUGUGGUCACAAGCCCACCACGCCCUGUCCAAGGUUCAGGAAAGCGGCAAGCAGGUAGAGGCUCUGUACUGCCCCAACCUGACACAGACCUUGUGUUUUUACAAGAGGGUACCAGCAGUCUCAUGCAGGUGCCUGGCACUGCUGCAGCGUUCCCAGAAGCCCCAAUACAGGAGGCCCAGAGCUCUGCCCCGACUUGGGCUGUGGCCUUACCCCAGGUGAAGCAAGAGAAGGCGGAUGCCUCAGAGGAGUGGACAGCAGUGACAACCUUCCUGACUUCUUCCACGUUGCAGUCUGGCUUCCCUGGCAAGGUGGCAGACCCAGACCUUCCACCUGUGAAACAAGAGCCCCCUGGCCCUGAGGAGGGCGGAGAGGAGAGCAGGGAGGAGGAUGUCUCUGAGUCAGCCCCAGCAGAGGAGACAGGAGGGCUUGGCACACCAGUGAUCACGGAGAUCUUCAGCCUGGGUGGAACCCGCCUCCGAGACGCAGAAGCCUGGUUGCCCAGGGCUCUCCUCUUCGGGAAGGAACAGGACUGAUGCUCCAUGAUGAGAAUUGAAGGAAAACAGAUAAAGUCCAAGGACCUUAAAAAGCCUGAAGCUAAGAUGCAGUAGACUGGAGGCUUCUGCUGACUGUAGGACUGAAGGUGAUAUUUGCAGACCGGCUUUAUGAAAAACAACCUUGGUCCUCCAGGGGCUGGGCCCUGGCCUGAGCUUGAGUGUGAAUCAACCCUAGGAGCAAAACCUACAAGCACAACAAAGAGCAGGCCUGCUCAGUCCUUGGACCUUAGAAGCAAGCUGGAGAGGAAGAGAAAGAGUAGAAGGCUGGUAGAGCAUCUGCUCCUCCGAGGAUCUCAGUGCGAUGAGAAGUUGGAUGGUAGGGUAGAGAAGGAUAGCUGAAGCCACUACAAACAACUCACACAAGCCAUCUUCAUGGUGUUUGCCGGUGGCUUCUGGAUGACCUGGCAGUGUGUCUGAACAUUUUCUCAGGGAAACAGCAAUUGCAGUGCUAUGUGAAUAAAGGAGGGAAAGGAACAGCUGUUUGCUGAGCUCCUCUGUGGAGCCAAGCGACACUUAACACUUAACACAGUAGUCCUUAGGAACACACUGGUAUUAUGCACUUUUUCAGGUGGGUAAUAGAUUCAGAAGAGAUGAACGUUCCCAGUGUCAAACAGUUAGUGUUGGUAGAAUCUAGAAACACACGUAGGCUAUAAAAGCUUUGUUCUUUAAGCCACUAAAUGUUAUCUGCAAUCUUCUGUGCAAUAAUGUAUAUUACAAUAGCAGUUUCAGUGACUUUGAAAAUAGCAGAGGGUCACUAUGAAAACUGUAAGAUAUCCUUUACAUUUUGCCUGUUGUGGUUUCGGGAAUGCUCAGGCUGUGGGUGGAUGGGUCACCUUGUUAGGCCCUGGAUGCUGCAGAGGCUCCCUCUGUUCCCGAGUGUGCUCUUCCCCAUGCUGGCUCACAGUUUGCUGUGCCCAGACAGUCUUCACUUCCAACAGCAGUGGUUGGAACUAAAGCUGUCAGCCUGACCCCUCUUUUCUGGCAGCUUCUUCUCGCUAAUGACCUUUGUGCUUGUUUCCUGCCCUCAGCCCAAAGGUUAGGAGGCUGGGUGAAUUUAGGCACUGAGUCCUGCCCAAGGACCAGUCUUGGCUCAGCCUUACCUCAUUUCCCAUCCUUAAAAUGCCAAAAAGUGUAAAGUUUGUUAUUUAGCCAGCUUUACAGGGCAGGACUGAGUACCUCACUGUAUGUGUGUCCUGUGUACCCCACUGUUAGCUUCAUCCUAGCUCUGCUGCUUUUGGUAAUGCAGAUCUAGAUCACUAUUUCCAACUCGCAAGACAGAGCUCUGCCACCUCUGCCUUUGCCCUGCUUUGCCGAGUUGGGUCCGGGAACCAUGCUGCUCUGCAACCCCUAGAGCGCACACUUGUCCCUAGUUCCUGGUAGCCCUGACUGCUGUACUAAGGGACAUGUGCUUGGGUGGCAUUUGACUUGUGAAUGAAGAGUCUCGACUACUAUGUGUGUUUGACUAGGGGACAAUCAAAAGAUCAGAACCACUACAACAAAGGCUGGUGUAUGCAUGUUAAAGACAUUUUGGGAGAUGUUUUACAUCAUGUAAUUUGUGGAGAUGGUUUAGCAACCUGGGACUGUCAUUUAUAUAUAAUGCUGGGACUUAAAAGUAUUCAGCAUGGGGAGUCAGGAAGGGUAGGUGGAUGGACAUAUGGGAGAAUUCCAUGAACGAGAGUUGGAAUUCAAGAAGAUGGCCUGGAACCCAUGCAGUGUCUCGCCGCCUCCAGCUUCAAUGAUGUUUGUAUCCUGCAGAAGAAGUUAGUGUCCUUAGAAACAUCUGGCCUAGGACAAGAGCCCAGGGAAGUUGUAGCAACUGAAGGCCUGGCUGUAGGACUUGCUGUUUCCCCAUAGCAAGGUGAGACAGCAGACCAAUGACAGCUUGUAUGAACUGCAACAUGCUUGGUGUCCCUACACCAACCUCCCAAGUGUUAAGAACAGCCUGCUGCUGCUGCUUCACGUCUACUAGCCACAGCGUCUCUGUGGAUGUUCUUAACUGGAAGUAUGUGUAUGGGGAAGGAUCCGGGAAGUAUAGUCUAGUCAGGGUGACAUGUUAGAAAGCCACCCUGCCAUGGCUCUGCUCCCAAGGACUCACCACUCACCUGAGGAUAACAACAGAACUACAUUGCUGAGAAGGGAAGGCUGAAGACCAUGAAUGGUCUCAGCAAGUAAAGAAAUGUUGCCACGCCCAUCCAUAGCAGUCUUGCUGGUCUCAGCUGUGCUUGUGUCAUUCAUCCAAGUCUUGAAAGCUUGGCCCAUAGUUCUCACCGUACAUGAUACUGAGAUUCAGAAAUGGAAUUGUAUAAGAUGCAUCAAUAUAUAUUACAAGUGAUAAAAGGAUCUCCAGGUUAUUUUGGACUUUGAUGCUAAAAUAUAGAACUGAGUAUACUGUGGAGAAGCCAGUCCUUAGAAGUUGGAAACAACUUCAUCAUUUCUAUUUCUAAGGUGUUCUAUUGUAAAAUUACUUUAAAACAA